AUGGCUGCUAUAGCUGUGAGGGGAGGUGCUGUGCAUGACAAUGAGGAGGUGGAAGUGAUGGCUUGCCGUAAAGCGCUUGAGUUUGCCAUUGAUGCGGGCUUCACGGAGAUUAUCCUGGAAGAACCUACCAAUUCAAGCCACACAUCCACAAGUUCAGACCAAGAAAAACCUUGCCUUAAUAUAUCAGCGUUCCUUAAAAUGGAUGAGAGGAUGAAGCAAUUUGUCGAAAAUGGAGAUAUUAAUGCCUUUUACCAAUUAAUUAUAGAGGAUGUAAAACUUUUGGAGCACAUCGAUGAGCUACCAUUUGCUGAUACUCCUUUACACAUAGCUGCAUCUACUGGGCAAAUCACAUUUGCCGUGGAGAUGAUGGGUUUAAAGCCCUUAUUUGCUCAUAAACUAAAUCAAAAUGGGUUUAGCCCUAUUCACCUCACUCUACAAAAUGGACAUAUUGAGCUGGUGCGUCAGCUUCUACAAAUUGAUGGGGACCUUGUUCAUGUCAAAGGAAGGGAGCAUCUCACUCCUUUGCAUUACAUAGUAGAAAGUGGUAAACACCUUGAUCUAUUGGAAGAACUUUUAUUGAUCUGUCCUGAUUCUAUUGUAGAUGUGACAGGGCGAAACAAGACUGCUUUGCAUAUUGCCCUCAAAUAUAACAGGCUUGAUGUAUUUAAUUUCUUAGUGACAUUGGAGUAA